AUAGACUGACGUGUGAAAAGUGCUUGUGAUAACAAAUCUAGAUUUGCGUACGAGUACUUGAUUAGUGUAAAUAUAUACUUUAAACGAAAAAUCGAUUACUCGGAUAAUCAUGGCCUCACCAUCCCCUAAAUCACCCGAGCAAUCGGAAAAAAGUCGAAAGUACGACAGACAACUGAGGUUAUGGAAUGACCACGGUCAAGCACUUCUGGAAGCAGCUCACGUUUGUCUAAUCAAUGCCAAUGCUUUAGGCACCGAGACUCUCAAGUCCCUUGUACUACCUGGAAUUGGUGCCUUUACGAUUAUCGACGGACAUAAGAUUUUGGAUGAGGAUAUUGGGUCCAAUUUUUUUCUAGAUGCCGAAAGCGCAGGAAAAUCACGCGCGCAAGUGGCAACGCAAUUGCUAUUAGAAUUAAAUUCUGACGUUCGAGGAGACUAUAUCGAUGAAGGACCAGACCAAAUUUUACACAAUAGUCCAGAUUUUUUUAACAAUUUUACGAUUGUUAUUGCCAGUAAUGUGCCAGAAAAAUCACUCGUUGUGCUUUCAAAAAAAUUAUGGGAGCUUGAUAUUCCCUUGGUAGUUUGUAAGACACUAGGAUUUGUAGGAUCCAUAAGGAUUCAAGUCAAAGAGCACACAAUUGUGGAGCUACAUCCUGACAAUGAGAUGCCUGAUUUAAGACUUGACAAGCCAUUUGAGGCAUUGAAAAAUCACUUGGAUAGCAUAGACUUGGACAGCUAUGACUUAAAAGAUCAUUCACACACACCUUACCUUACUAUUCUUUACAAGUGCUUACAAAAGUGGCUAUCUAAUCAUGAUGAUAUACCAAAGAACAGGGUUGAAAAAGAUGAAUUUAGACAGUUAAUUAAAGACGGUGUUAGAAAAGACGAACACGGAAAUCCCGUUGACGAGGAAAAUUUUAAAGAAGCACUAAAAGCAGUCACUACUUGCAUUUGUCCUUCAACUGUACCAACUGGUGUCAAAGAAGUGUUCAAUGAUGACAAAUGCAUCAAUUUACAUGCCAAGAGUACAACGUUUUGGAUUAUUGCAAAAGCUAUUAGAGAUUUCAUGGAAAACGAAGGUAAUGGCCUUUUACCUUUGAAAGGUGCUCUCCCAGACAUGAUUUCUGAUACUGAAAAAUAUGUUACUAUUCAACAAUUGUAUCAUAAGCAAGCAGUUGCUGAUGUUGAAGCAGUAUGGAGGAGAACACUUCAAUUACUGAGACAACUAGGUAAAUCUUCUGAUUCAAUAAACGAAACAGAUGUCAAACUCUACUGUAGACAUGCCGAUGAAUUGCGAGUACAAAGAGGCACAUCUGUCGCGGAUGAAUAUGAUCCCAAGUUGAUAAAUGCCAACGAAAUAGCACAAAGUUUAGAAAAUUCUGAAAGCUUGAUGGUUUAUUAUGUAGCGUUAAGGGGAGUCGAAAAAUUUUAUACAGAGUACAAUGCUUAUCCUGGUGAAUUUGAUGAUCACGUGGAGCCUGAUAUUGUCAAACUCAAGGCUUGUGUUUCAAAAUUAUUAGGUGAAUGGGGACUAGGGGCGUUAGUUAAAGAUGAUUAUAUACAUGAACUAUGUAGAUUUGGUGGUGCCGAACUACAUUCCGUUUCUUCUACAAUUGGCGGUGCUGCUGCUCACGAAAUUAUUAAAUUAAUCACACAUCAGUACAAACCCAUCAACAACACUUUCAUUUACGAUGCAGCCACAUGCACUGGAACUACUUACUCGUUUUAAAUUUAUAGUAAAAAUGACAAAACCACGACUGCAUAUAUAGUGUAUAAUUAUGGACAAACGAGGAAAUACAAUUUUAUUAUUUAUA